AUGGCGCGUCAACAGGGAGUCGCAAGAUCGAUUGUUUACGCGAUACUCGACAAUGAUGGAGUUAGGGUUCGCUCUCUUCUUUCACGAGCUCUCGCAGCCAUCACAUAUUUCUUUGCCCUAUAUCAACUAUCUUUGACCAGGCUGAGGAAUGAUUUGUUCGGAAAAUUGCGCGAGCGAUGGCAGGUCGACGACGAAGACUACAAGGACAGCUUUGGCAAGAAAGACGCGUUAGAGGCGACAGGUGACAUGGGCUUCUCCGGGAGCACCUUCUACACAACCUCUGACGGGUCAUAUCUUGUCAAAAGUGUCCCCAGAGGGUUCGAACAUUCGUUUUUCCGUGACGACUUCCUGGAACCUUACUAUGAGCACAUGAUUAACGACACGAAAUCACUUCUCGUCCGCAUUACCGAUUUUAUGGCAUGGUCACGGUUUGGCAUCGGCGGUUGGCUUGGAACAGCACCAACUCAUCACAUCGUUAUGGAGAACAUUCUGAUCGGCAAGGAAAAAGACAAGACGUCGAAGUGGGAAACCUGGGAUCUCAAACCUACAUCUUACUUCUUCCCGGAACGGGAUAUCGCUGGGGGCAUGCUGACCUCUGACGCAACCAAAGACCGCUUAGCAGACAAAUUCGAGGAUAAGAUUGUUCUGACUCAGGCUCAGGCUGACGAGUUCUUUGAGCAGCUUUCCAAAGACACCGGAUUGCUCGAACGGUGCAAUGCUGUUGACUACUCCCUAUUUUUGGUCCGGAUCCCGCUUACCAACUCCGACAACUCUUCUGCCCAACAAAGUCAGGAAGAGGCCAUAAGACAGUCAGAGCGACCUCCCUUUGUGCCUCCUACCCAUUCCUGGCGCUCGGGAGUUCACUCUGCUGAUCAGAAGUUCGUAUUCCGCGCUGCGCUACUCGACUUCUUCUGGGCAAAACACAAACUCCACGCCAAGAUCAUGACAUGGCUGAUCAAAGCAUGGAACUUGAUUGACCGCCAAGGGCCUAUGAGUAUUACGACGACUCCAGAGGAAUAUCGCCAAAGGUUUCUCUCGAUGUGUCAUGAGAUCGUCGAGAUCAAGAGAUAA